AUGAGCUUCCGUGGACGUGGUGGUGGUGGUGGCGGAUUCCGAGGCGGACGUGGAGGAGAUCGAGGCGGAGGCGGCUUCCGCGGUGGUCGCGGUGGAGAUCGAGGCGGUCGCGGAGGACGCGGUGGUUUCGGAGGCGGUGGCCGAGGCGGAUAUGAUCAGGGACCACCAGAAGAAGUUGUACCAUUAGGAGUAUUCAUGCACGCUUGUCAAGAUGAUAUUGUCUGUAAUACUACAUGUGGAAAAAUCCCAUAUUUCAAUGCACCAGUGUUUUUCGAAAACAAAGAACAAAUUGGAAAAGUCGACGAGAUUUUCGGAUCUCCUGGAGAGAAUGUUUGUUUUUUUUAUAACUUCAUGAUUUUCAACAAAAUUUAUGUUUUUCCAGGGUUUCUCAGUCACAUUAUCCCAAGGAAUCAAAGCAUCAUCGUUUAAAGCUGGCACAGAAUUGUACAUCGAUCCAGGAAAGCUUUUACCAGUAGAAAGGUAAAUUUUUUUAUUGAAACUUCACAUUUUCAUGUUUUUUAAGCAAAUGAGCUGAAAUAUUGGGUUUUAAUUUUAUUCAUAUGAUAGAAUGGUCCAAGACGAACAGAAUGAUAUAAAUUUUGAUGACUUUACCUUAUCCAUAAGUGAUUUAGCGACUUUUAGGCGAUAAGGUCGCUAAAUCACUUAAGGAAAACCUAAAGUCAUCAAAAUUUAUAUGAUUCUGUUCGUCUUAGACCAUUCUAUCAUAUGAAUAACAUUAGAACACAAUAUUUCAACUCAUUUGCUUAAAAACAAUGAAAAUGUCAUUUACUCUAUGUCCAAUCAAUAUUUUUCCAGAUUCCUACCAAAUGCUGGCGGAAGUCGUGGCCGCGGUGGACGGGGACGCGGAGGAGAUCGUGGAGGACGCGGAGGCGGCGGUGGAUUCCGCGGGGGUGACCGAGGAGGACGUGGAGGCGGCUUCCGCGGAGGCGAUCGAGGAGGUCGUGGCGGCGGUGGAUUCCGUGGCGGAGACAGAGGCGGUUUCCGUGGCGGUGAUCGAGGAGGUUUCCGCGGAGGCGAUCGAGGCGGUUUUAGAGGAGGUGAUAGAGGUGAGAACUUGUAUUUUCGAACUUUUGAAUAAUCUCUCGAUUAUGCAUCGUGUGAAGAAAAGUGAAGAAAAAUAUCACGAGAUGAAAAUUGUAUGUGGCAUUUACAAAUUUUUAUAUUCUAAAAACCGAAAAAAACGUAUUUGGUCUACGGUAAUGCAUCGUACGAAUUGAAAAAAUGCGAAAAAUCAAAAAUGUCGUGCAAACAGACGCAUUAUUUUUGCAUUUUCUGGUGUUUUUCGAGCCAAAAUUGACAGAAAUUGAAAGAAUUUGUCGGAAAUUGUGUAAAAUCAGUGGUGAAUCAAGAAAAAAACACGAUUUUUCCUCCAUUAUCAAUAAAAACACAAUUUCUGUCAAUUUUGGCUCGAAAAACAGCAAAAAUAAUGCGCGAAAAAAUGCACGAUAUUUUUUUGAUUUUUCGCAUUUUUUUUCACUUUGUACAAUGCAUUACCGUAAACCAAAUACGUUUUUUUUCGGAUUUUAAAAUAUAAAAAUUUGUAAAUGCCACAUACAAUUUUCAUCUAGUGAUAAAGCUAGCUCUGAAAACUUUGAGGGAUUUUCAAUUUAAUUCAUUUUUUUCCAGGAGGCGGUUUCAAACGAUCUUUUGACGGCGGAUCAAACAACCAAAAUAAAAGAACAAAGUUCGAUUAA